UGAAAAUGCAUGUAUAAAAGAACACUGAGGGUGUAUUGAUUUCAGAAACCUUCUCUCUUUUUGAUGUCUUUAACCAUCUGAACAACACUUUGGAAAGUUUGUGUCGUGGAUUCGAGCCAUAAUGGGGCUGCCUGAGGGUUUGCUAUUGCUCGUAACUUUGCAGAUUUUUACAGGAAGCCUUUCAGGGGUCCAGUUCAACUGUGGACAAAGUGUUUGUCCUGUAGGCUUGGACUGCAUCAGUAAUAAUGACUCUCUGCGCUGUGCUGACCCCUGUGAGCACUACACUGCACUGAAUGAUGACUGGCGUUCAACAAAUAACACAUCGAAUCAGAUUCUACACUGUGACCGAAAUAUUAACUGGCAAGGCUGGUAUCGCCUGUUUCUGGAGCAAACCAGCGCUCAGAUUCCAGAGAGGUGUAUAGAUAGUAACAGGUGUGGAACCCAUGCUCCUCUGUGGAUAACAGAACCUCAUCCCACACAGUCAGGUUCAAUUGUAAAUCGCACUGUGUGUAAUAACUGGUCUGGCAGCUGCUGCUAUUUUUCCUCACACAUCAUCCAUGUCAAGCUCUGUUAUGGAAACUUCUACGUCUACAAACUUGUGCAGCCAUCAGUAUGUCAUCUUGCAUACUGUGCAGAGGUGAACACAACAGCCACUGGAGUUUCUACAACUACACCUGAUCCAAGACCACAGACCUCUGCUGCCAGUCAGGUCAACAGCACUACCACAACAAGCCCAGGAGGGACACUGGUCUCCACAUCAGGCCCCUCUUCCCAGUCUGUCCAGUUCAACUGUGGACAAAGUGUUUGUCCUGUAGGCUUGGACUGCAUCAGUAAUAAUGGCUCUCUGCACUGUGAUGACCCCUGUGAGCACUACACUGCACUAAAUGAUGACUGGCGUUCAACAAAUAACACAUCGAAUCAGAUUCUACACUGUGACCGAAAGAUUAACUGGCAAGGCUGGUAUCGCCUGUUUCUGGAGCAAACCAGCGCUCAGAUUCCAGAGAGGUGUAUAGAUAGUAACAGGUGUGGAACCCAUGCUCCUCUGUGGAUAACAGAACCUCAUCCCACACAGUCAGGUCAAAUUGUAAAUCGCACUGUGUGUAAUAACUGGGCUGGAAGCUGCUGCUAUUUUUCCUCACACAUCAUCCAUGUCAAGCUCUGUUAUGGAAACUUCUACGUCUACAAACUUGUGCAGCCAUCAGUAUGUCAUCUUGCAUACUGUGCAGAGGUGAACACAACAGCCACUGGAGUUUCUACAACUACACCUGAUCCAAGACCACAGACCUCUGCUGCCAGUCAGGUCAACAGCACUACCACAACAAGCCCAGGAGAGGUGAACACAACAGCCACUGGAGUUUCUACAACUACACCUGAUCCAAGACCACAGACCUCUGCUGCCAAUCAGGUCAACAGCACUACCACAACAAGCCCAGGAGGGGUCCAGUUCAACUGUGGACAAAGUGUUUGUCCUGUAGGCUUGGACUGCAUCAGUAAUAAUGACUCUCUGCGCUGUGCUGACCCCUGUGAGCACUACACUGCACUGAAUGAUGACUGGCGUUCAACAAAUAACACAUCGAAUCAGAUUCUACACUGUGACCGAAAGAUUAACUGGCAAGGCUGGUAUCGCCUGUUUCUGGAGCAAACCAGCGCUCAGAUUCCAGAGAGGUGUAUAGAUAGUAACAGGUGUGGAACCCAUGCUCCUCUGUGGAUAACAGAACCUCAUCCCACACAGUCAGGUCAAAUUGUAAAUCGCACUGUGUGUAAUAACUGGUCUGGCAGCUGCUGCUAUUUUUCCUCACACAUCAUCCAUGUCAAGCUCUGUUAUGGAAACUUCUACGUCUACAAACUUGUGCAGCCAUCAGUAUGUCAUCUUGCAUACUGUGCAGAGUUGAAUACAACAGCCACUGGAGUUUCUACAACUACACCUGAUCCAAGACCACAGACCUCUGCUGCCAAUCAGGUCAACAGCACUACCAGAACAAGCCCAGGAGAGUUGAAUACAACAGCCACUGGAGUUUCUACAACUACACCUGAUCCAAGACCACAGACCUCUGCUGCCAAUCAGGUCAACAGCACUACCACAACAAGCCCAGGAGGUGAGGGGCAGGUCCGCCUAGUCAAUGGAAACAGUUCCUGCUCUGGUAGAGUAGAGAUCUUCCACCGUGGACAGUGGGGGACGGUGUGUGACGAUGCCUGGGGCCUGGUGGAUGCUCAGGUGGUGUGUAGACAGCUGGGCUGUGGCAGGGUCCUGUCAGCUCCAUCAAAUGCACGUUUUGGACCGGGCAGUGGACCCAUCUUGUUGGACGAUGUCAGUUGUUUUGGGAAUGAGUCAUCGAUAACAGACUGCAGACACCAAGGGUUUGGAGUUCACAACUGCGGUCACAAUGAAGAUGCCAGUAUUGUUUGUGAAUUCCAACGCCCUCCACUCCAACCUUCUCAGCUUAUUUGUGGCCGUGAUAAACUUCAAGUAGGGCUGAAUUUGGCUGACCUGACUUCCUCUGGUUUGAGCCCAUUCUCUGGCAACCUGGCAGCCCGCAACUGCUCCUGGGUCAGAGUGCGUGAUGAUGUAGUUUGGUAUGAAGUGGAAGCCACAGAAGGUGCUUGUGGAAACACGCUGAGGACCAACAGCACUCAUGCCAUCUACUCCAACAGUUUAUUUAUCUACCCAAUAAACAAUGCAUCCUUCGCCAUUCCUGUGAGUCUUCCCUUCUCCUGCGCAUAUCCCCUGGACACAGACACCAGCCUGAAUGUGGCAAUCAGACCAUUCCUGGCGACUGCAGGUGGUAUUUCAGGCUCGGGUACCAAAGCCAGAGCCUCCAUGUUUCUGUUCCGUAACUCCAACUACACUGAGACUUAUGCAGCAGGGCGGGUCACCCUGCCAGUGGGAUCACCGUUGUACGUGGGCGUCUCUGUGGAGGAGAGAGAUCCAGGCUUUGUAGUUGUUCUGGAGGACUGCUACGCUACUAACUCAUCAAACCCUGAUGAUCCUAUGCGACACUUUCUCAUCCGGAACAAGUGUCCCACUGACCGCAGACAGGUGUCAGUGACUGAGAGCGGCUCGUCCCUCCAGGCUCGUUUCUCUGCCCUGUUCUUCCUGCUCCAGGAUGAAUACCGAGACAUUUUCCUUCAUUGCAGCCUCAGCCUUUGUGACCGAAAGAGCUCCUCCUGUGUUCCACCUUGCACAAAUAGGAUACGUCGCUCUGUUUCUACCUCUGAACCUGUGGAGCCCCUCAGCAUUGGACCAAUUGUUUGGGACAAGUCACCUGAGUGAGCCGGUAUCAUACAGUGAUGAUACAAACAUAUUCCGUGUUUUAACAUGUUUUUUUUCAUAAGACAUAAAAUCAUCAAAUAACUGGUGUUACAUACAUACUGUAUAACAGAGGUGGACGUAGCUUUUGAGUCUGAAAAGUGAAGCUAAUGAAGAGGUGCCUUAAAGCUGCAUUCUUUCUAGCUGCCAUCAGUGGCAACACUCAUUGAAAAAAUAUAUCCGAUUGUCUCUGAAAAAAUGACCCAACUUGAUUUAUUACCUCAGUAAAUACAUUCCUGAUGAGUUUAUGGUCUUAAUCACUGCCAAAAUCAAGGCUUCAAAACAGUAUUCCACAAACCAGUGGGUGGCAUCACAGUGGCUACAUCCACUUCUCUUAUACAGUCUAUGUUAACAUUUUAUGAUUACCAUUCCUAUUAAACAACAAUAAAAAAUAUAGGGUUUAUAAUAAAGGUGGAGGUAUCUUAUUUACUUUUAUAUCCAGUAUAGCCCUGUGUUAUGGUUUUUUGGGGGUUUUUUGCAUUUGUUUUGAAUAGAUUUUCUUUGUUACUUGGGCUUCUAAGCAAUACUAUUGAUUAUUAUUUAGAUCCGAUUCCACAUUAUAGUAUAAACUGUGCAAAUAUGUCUCAAUGUCUGCCUCUCAACCCCUGUCUUCAGCCAUAUCUCCACUUUCUUAGGCCCCUUCAGCAUUAUUCUUUACCUGUCCAAAAGAUGCUUUUUUUCCCACCAGCAUUCCACAAAGACUCUAUAUUCUGCCAAUGACUGGCUCGUGUUCACUGCCUUCACUGGUUAGAUUAGGGACUAUACUCAUAACUCAGAGAGCCAUGAAGUUGUUCAGGCACAGGUCUUAAUCCUAAUAAUAGUUACUCUUGUUAGUUAGGGAACAGUUCCCACAUAUAUUUAAAUGUAAACAAAAAAACUAUUAGGUUAGGAUGAGACAAAUAACGACCAUUCCUUUAUAUCUCCAAAGAGGAUUAGGAAAGAGGUAUAUGGCCCUGUGUUAUCAAUGUAUGGAUCAUAAAGGAAUGUUUGAAUUUGUGCAUUGACAUGGUUAGUUGACCUGAGAGGCCUUCACUGACCUUCACACUUUUCAUACUUUAUUUUAGGUGUCUGGAUUAUUUAUGACGAGGGACAUACUCAAUAAAGCUGAGCGAAUGUAAUGUUACUUUAAGUUUUUGGUAUGACUGUGUCCAUACAUGCUGUACCAAGAUCUCUGAUAUCAGAUUUGUGUUGUAAUAAACGUAUAUUCAAGCAAGGACAA